CAAAAUUUCAAUUCAACUCCCAAAAAGCUUCCUUCAUCUUUCCUGCCUGCCUGCUUCUCUUUAUCUUUGAUUCCUCAUCGAACUUGCAAACAAAAAAGCUGCCCUUCAAUCCUUUUAAAUCUUUCACCAAUUUCUUCACUUCUUUUCCUCAUCUCAUCUCCAUGUCCAUGUAUCCCACUUGCACAUCUAAAGAUUUCAACUAUGGGUUCUGUUUCUGUUCACCAUUUCUACAGAUGAUAAUUCUUGCUAAACAAUGUUAGCUGAUUCUUCCAGAUCCCAACCAGAUCUUGAAACUUUCUGAUCCAACCCAACAACAACUGAUCAUAUAAGUAUUAAUAGCUCCGGUGAGUCCACAGGCUUGUGCCCUAAUUUUUGGGGAUCCCUUUUUUACCCUAGUUCUGUAGUUCUACCUUGAUCUGUACAUCUGGGAUUUUUGCCAAUUUAGUUUACUUUUGUGCAUCUGCUUCUUGGAGAUAAAGGGGAGUUCUUUCUAGUUCAUGUCUGGAAAGAAAGAGCUUGUGUAUGCAGCAGGGCAUCACCGAUGAACAAAUGGCUAUCACAGCACUUAAUUAUCCCUAAAUCAGUUGGGCUGAUGAUUGGUUUUCUAUGUGUUGCAUUGUGAAUUUGUGAUUGUGAGUGUGUUUGUUAACAGGCUAACUUAACUUGAAACAAAGGUUGCUAUUUGUGGCUUUUGAUGAUGAUAAAGAACAUUCUAACCCGGCUGCCCAAGAAGCAGUCGAAGAUUGUGGAUAUAAAGGACGGAGGGUCCUCGAAUUAUGCUUCGACAAAUGCAAGAAGCAACUAUGCAUCUGUUCCCGCGAAUUCGAGCAACGGAAACAGAUUGCACGAUUCGGCGAAUCCACAGCUGAAUGGAUACGAGGCACUUCCUAGCUUUAGAGAUGUUCCUAAUGCCGAGAAGCAGAAUUUGUUUGUCAAGAAGUUGAAUUUAUGUUGUGUGAUGUUUGAUUUCACUGACCCUACGAAGAGUUUGAAAGAAAAAGACAUCAAGAGGCAGACGCUAAUCGAGCUUGUUGACUAUCUUGCUUCGGCAAAUGGGAAAUUCCCGGAAACUGUCAUGCAAGAGAUCGUAAGAAUGGUAUCAACAAACUUAUUCCGUACGCUCUGCACUCAGCCUCGCGAAAACAAAGCCUUAGAAGCCUUUGAUUUGGAAGAAGAGGAGCCAUUGAUGGAUCCAAUGUGGCCCCAUUUGCAAGUUGUCUAUGAAUUUUUUCUCCGGUUUGUGGCUUCGCCGGAGACGGAUGCCAAGCUGGCAAAGCGUUACAUUGACCACCAAUUCGUUCUAAGGUUACUGGAUCUAUUUGACUCGGAGGAUCCUAGAGAGAGGGACUAUUUAAAGACUGUCCUGCACCGGAUAUACGGUAAGUUCAUGGUUCAUCGGCCGUAUAUUAGGAAAGCUAUCAACAACAUAUUCUACCGCUUUGUUUUCGAGACGGAGAAGCAUAAUGGGAUAGCAGAGCUGUUAGAAAUCUUGGGAAGCAUUAUAAAUGGAUUUGCAUUGCCCUUGAAAGAAGAGCACAAACUUUUUCUUGUUAGAGCACUCAUUCCACUUCACAAGCCGAAAUGCAUUCCUAUGUAUCAUCAGCAGCUGUCUUAUUGCAUAGCGCAGUUUGUCGAGAAGGACUGCAAACUCGCUGAUACUGUCAUUAGAGGGCUACUCAAGUACUGGCCGGUCACAAAUAGUUCGAAGGAAGUCAUGUUCUUGGGUGAGCUAGAAGAAGUGCUGGAAGCAACUCAGCCUCCUGAGUUUCAAAGGUCUAUGGUUCCUUUGUUCCGCCAAAUUGGUCGCUGCUUGAGCAGUUCACAUUUUCAGGUGGCAGAAAGGGCGCUGUUUCUGUGGAACAACGAUCAUAUUGAGAAUUUGAUCAAACAAAACUGUAAAGUUAUACUGCCGAUCAUCUUCCCUGCCUUGGAGAAGAAUGCUAGAAGCCACUGGAAUCAAGCAGUGCAGAGCUUGACACUGAAUGUUCGUAAAAUCUUCUCCGAAGUAGAUCCUGAUCUCUUUGAGGAGUGUUUGAUCAAGUACCAAGAACAUGAAGCUCAGGAAGCAGAAAUUCAGAUGAAACGGGAAGCGAAAUGGAAAUGCCUGGAGGAAAUAGCCGCAAGGAAAGUUGCAAGCAACGAGCCUGUGCUUGUUUCCCCCAGGACAGGUACCAAAACGCCGUCUGGCUGAAGGUGGAUAAGGGCUUCUGUAUUUUUUGCUUACAACUUGCUAUUGUAUUGCUGACCACUGAUGAGAUUCUAGUGGGACUGCAUAUAUAUUAUUUCUUUGAUUGCUUACCCUACUUAUGCUUGGGAGGAGAGUGAAGGAUAAGGAACGAUGUUUGCUCAUAGAGGACCAAAGGAAAAGGGCCUAAUUUGUUUUGAUUAUAAGCAGUAGUAACUGUAUAUAGAGGAGAGAAUCAGAGAAUUGGGUUGGCCAACUACAGGGAGGUUUUAGAAUCUUUGUUUGAAGUUUAAUCUGAUGGCGAAUUGCCCUGGAAUCUCCUAAACUAAAAGAAUGAUGAAUAUGUUGAAAUUAAGCUGUUAUAUAUGUAUUGUUCCUUUUAACUGUUA